AUGAGCAGGAGAAUGCGGCUGGAAGAAGAGAGAUUACAACUCUUAAAAGAGGAAUUACAAGAGGAAGAGGAUAAGAUUAAAUUGAUGCAAGAAAAAAUUUUUGCUCCUUUGGUUUGGCGGAGAUUGGGUAGCGGAAUUAAAAUUCAAGAUCUAAAAUCGAAUUAUUAUGAAGAUGCGGUAGCUAUAAUUUUGAAAUAUUUUAUAAACGAGGAUGUCCUGUUUCGCAAUACGAAGAUUGCUGAUGAUCCUUCAUCACAAGAAUCGUUCGGAAGAAGAAUUAUGUAUAAACUUAAAGACAGCACUUCUAUUAUAGCUAUAGAUGAAGGACAUGAAAAUAAAGUAACAGGCAUUCUUCUGCUCAAUGUGGUAAACAAAAGCGAUUUCGCUCGGAUUUACAGCAGAACGAUGUUGGUCGAAGGCAACGCCUACAAGAGUAUAUCAGAAUUUAUGAAUUUUGUUAACCGAAAAGUGGAUGUGUUUGAAGAAUGCCAGCAUGACACCUAUCUUCAAUUUUACUUGCUCUGUAUUGUGCCAGAGUACAGAGGUCAAGGGUUGGGGUAUCAUCUAAUGAGAGCGGGCAUGGACGUGGCUAGACAUUUGAAGAUUCCCACAGUGAUGGGUAUAUUUAAUAGCUACAGCAUGCAGAAACUCGCCACAAGAGUGGGCAUAGAUCGGACACUGUAUGAAGUUGAAUAUGCGAACUGGGUGGACCCACUUGGAGAACUGGUUUUUUGCGAUCCUGGACCUGGGAAUUAUACAUGUGCGAUGAUGGUUGGCACGGUACCACUAACUGCUCAGGACACGACUUGCAAAUAA